AUGGCGGAUGUGGUAAAGAGAGCGAUGAUUGUGUGGAACGAGACGUCGUGGGGUUCUGAUCUCAAACAUGCAGAGUUUUCGAUAAUAAAAGUAGAUAGGCUAGAAGAUUUUUGUCAUCACGAGGACUUUGUAGCAAUAGCUGUCUUGAGAUACGCUAAUGAAGAAGCUGGUGACCGUUGCCACGUAAAAAAUUUGGAUUUCUAUCUUAGUAAGUUGCCAGCAGGAUUUUCUCGAGAAGCCUUCUAUUAUAGACCUCUGUUAGCUACACCUUCAUUUGGUCCUUGGUAUUCGAAGCAACUGAAGCUGGUCUUCCAGUUUGACAAGACAAGGCCGUUUCAAGCGGGAGUUCCUGAACAUGUCAUUCAAGGCAGAACCGGCCACAAAACCCUGCAAGCAUUGAGACAAUACCAAGAGCCAUCUGAAUUGCAGCAAAUGGCAGCGUGCAAAGUUUUGGAUAAUGGCCAUGCGUACACAGAUUUCACUGACGCAAAAGUCAAGGAGUCGGGAGAGACACGAAGUAGUCCAGCUCCAGUUGGUCAAAGUACAGAAGCAACAUCAGAGCAGCAGCAGCAACUGGAAGAUCUGUUCACAUUGUUGCCUCCUGAACGAGAACAUGUAAAUUUCACGCAGACCUCUUCCACCACACAAAAGCAUUUUCGAGAAUCUGAGACGAAGCGAGACGGGGAAUUAGUUCAGAGUUUGAUACAACAGAUAGAACAGUUGCAACGUGACGUAGUAGCUAAAUACAGGGAAAUGGCAGAAAUGAGAAAGCAGAAGGAGAAUGAAGCAGCUGAUGUAGAACAGAUGAGGCAACAAAUUAAAGAUCUAGAAACGGCACUGAGAGUCGAAAAAGUAGAAAGAGAAAAUGCUGUAAGCGAAGAGAGAAGACGAGGCGCAAUGCGAGAGGAACGCUUACAAGUAGACAAGCUUAAUCUUCAGAGACAACUUGAGGCCUUGCAGCGCUUGCUAAACGACGUACAAGUACAAAAGUCCAACAUCGAAGAGCUGCUGUCAGAUGCUGAAGCUACAAUUGAACGAUACGAAGAGAGAGAACAAACCGAAGUUUUAUGUAUUGCUUCACAUAACAUUCAGCUCACAGACACAAAACUAGGAGGUGGAUCAUAUGGAGAGGUUCGCAUUGGAUAUUGGCGUGACUGUCCGGUUGCUGUCAAAAUUCUGUAUAAAGAUCUGAUUUCAUCACCUUUUUACAUUCGUCUUUUACAACAAGAAGUGUCUGUCGCAUGGAAGAUUCACCAUCCAAAUAUCGCGGCAGUUUGUGGUGUCACUUUGGAGUUAGGCGAAGAAGAGAAGAAAGCAUGGAUUAUCAUGGAAUUGAUGAACGGUUCCAUGUCGUGUGUCAUCUAUGCGUGCAAAGGAGAAAUUUUGCCUCUCACUUUACGAGAAAUGGUUGAUAUGGCACACGAUUCUUUGUGUGGACUCGAUUACCUUCACUCCAUGCAACCUAAGGCUAUUCUUCAUGGCGACAUCUGUCCAAGAAACAUUCUUGUCACUUCAACAAUGAGAACCAAACUGGGCGAUCUAUGA